AUGACACUUGACAAUAUCAAGCUUCCACUUGAUGCAUUGAACCAGCAGGCUCCUGGAUUUCUGGCAACCUCAGGCUCAAACUCAAAUAGUUCUCCGAGCCAUUCCUCAGAUGCUCCAUCGGCAAUCAGUUCUACAUUACCUUCCAAACCAAAAUCUUUAGAACCUUGGGACAUCCUAAAAAAGGAAGUCGAUUUGACACCCAAUGACAUUUCCCUAUGGGAUAAGCUAUUUGCGUUACUAGAAGAAACAUUCUCGACCAAUUUUGAUGGCGGUCAAGCUUCUAUAUCAACAUCGUUUAAAAACUUCUCAUUUGAUGCAUACACCGAGUUGUUGACAAGAUUCCCAUAUUUGACCAGUUAUUGGAAAAAGUUUCUGAUUUUUGAGUAUAAAUUGAAUGGGAUAGACGCCUCUAUUAAGGUGUUAAGUGACAGUGUAGAUUCAUUCCCAAAUAGCGUUAGUUUGUGGGCUGAUUACCUUACAGCAUUGACUGGUAAGGAAGAGGGAGACUCUGAUCAUGUAGAUUUCGUAAGAACACAGUUUCAAGUUGCAUUGAAAAUCAAUGGAUUCCAUUUCCUUUCACACUUAAUAUGGGAUAAAUUGUUUGAGUUUGAAGAGAAAUUAGGAGGAGAUCCUUUUUGGUUGUACUUAAAGGUUAUCAAGAUCCCAUUGUACAGCUAUGCUAAGUACUAUCAGAAGUUCACCGAGAUAAACAAGAAAUACUCGCUUGAAGAGUUCUUCAGUGCUGAACCAGAACCUUCUAGAGAGGAAAUAAUCCAAGAGUAUCUCACCAAAUUCAACAAAGAGACUUUAGAUUCGUUCUCUAUGGUGGAAACUCAUCAAGUAAUAGAUGAUUGGUCAUAUAAGGUAUUCGCUGCUACUCAAGCUAAAGUAAAUGCAAAAUGGCAGCAUGAAUCCUUGCUAACAUUCCUGGAAUUCAACCUAGAUGCACUGAGUCUUGAAGGUAUAUCAAAGGAAUAUGAUAAUUGGGUGAAAUAUUUAGAUUAUGAAAUCAACUGCUUGAAGCAAGAUGAUACUAAUUCUCAACGCAAAAUUGUUACAAACCUAUUUGAAAGAGCGUUAAUUCCAAACUGCCUUAACUAUAAACUAUGGCUAAAGUACAUUGCAUUCCUUAAUAAGUAUGAGAGCAGCGAAGGAGAAGAAGAAGAGAAGCUGAAAUUUGAGAAGAUUGACAAGCUAUAUUCAAAUGCAAUAAACAAGUUCGUCCCCUUGAGCGAUCCAAAUGAAGACACUAAUUUCAUCAGAUUUAAUUAUGUUUAUUUCUUGAAAAAGUUCAAGAAGGACAUUGAAGCUAGAGAUUUUUUGAUUUCAAUAGUACAAACCUUUCUUAAGGAAAAUAGAAAGGAGGAUUACCUCAAGGGAAUCGAAUUGCUUAUCGAGCUAUGUGACAUUGAUUUAAAGGAGAUUAUUGAGAAAUAUUUUCAACUGGAUGAAAGACAUAAACAGGCACUGAGCUCACAUAAAGCGCAAAAUGUUGAGUCGUCCCCCAUUCAAGAUGUGUUCUAUCACCUUUUAAGGAAUGAUUCUAUUGGGUUAAUUGUAAAUAAAUACCUUGAAAUUCUGGAACCAUCCAUAAUACGACCAUUCUUCAACAAAUACUACGAAAAGGAGCCCUUGGAAUCUAAUUUGGCAUUUUGGUCUUUCUACGUCAAGUACGAAGGCAUUAUCAAGCACAACAUUCCUAAUUUAUUAAAAAUAAUGAGCCAUAUAAAGAAGGAGUCUAAGCUCCCAAAGCAAUACAUUGAUGCAUUGAUAGAAAUAGAGUACGAAAUUAUUUUAUCAAACUACCAAUACGUAUUGGAAUUGAAUAAUUCUAAGGGAGGAAGAACUGAUGAUACUAUUAUCUUGAAAGAUAAUGAAGUAUCAAAUUCUCUAGCUAUCAACCAAUCAUGGAAAAAAAGGUUAGCAAAUAUUAAUUUCCAGGUACAAGACUUGAGCACAAAAACUAAAUUCAAUAAGGAAGAUGAAUUUAAUAAACUACUAAGAAAUAAAGUUGGUCAUGCGGGUGUUGUCAUAGAAAGCAGUCCAGAAAUUACAAACAGUUUGAUCUACUCUGGAAAAUGGAUAGAUUUAAACUCUUCGAGAUUGGAAAUGCCCGAUUUCCCUACCUUCAAGAAUGUUGAAAAGGCCAGUUUGCCAAUCCAAUAUCCACAGUAA